AUCUCCACCAACGACUUCAAGGUGGGCGUCAACAUCGAGGUGUCCUCCGCGCCCUGGAAGGUCGUCGAGUUCAUGCACGUCAAGCCCGGCAAGGGCAGCGCGUUCGUCCGCUCCAAGAUCAAGAACUACAUCACCAAGUCCACCCAGGAGAUGACCUUCCGCGCGGGCGAGAAGCUCCAGACCGCGGACGUUGAGAAGCGCAAGAUGCAGUACACGUACAUGGACGGCGAUCAGUACGUUUUCAUGGACAUGGAGACCUACGAGGAGACCCGCAUCAACGACGACGACUUCUCCAAGUUUCUCCUCGAGGGCCAGACGUGCGACGUGCUCUCGUGGAACGGCAAGGUCAUCGGCGUGGACCUCCCGCUCACCGUGGACCUGGAGGUGACCAUGACGGAUCCGGGGAUCAAGGGCAACACCGCGUCCGGCGGCGAUAAGCCCGCCACCGUGGAGACCGGCGCCGUGGUCACCGUGCCCCUCUUCAUCCAGAUUGGCGAGAAGAUCAAGGUCGACACCACCACUGGCAAGUACCUUUCCCGCGUCAAGGAGGAGAAGUAA